AAAUCCAAUUUUCUGAAACUGCUGAAGGAAUUGAGAGAAGCCUUCGACCCGCACGGGUAUCUCCUGACGGCUGCCCUCUCACCCGGAAAGCAAACGAUGGACGCCGCCUAUGGAGACGUACCCCUAAUGAAUGAACUGCUGGAUUGGGGAAACGUAAUGACAUACGACUAUCACGGGGGUUGGGAAGACAUUCUCGGACACAACGCCCCACUCUAUAGCCGACCCGAUGAGACCGAGGAGUUGGAGAGGAAAUUGCACACGAAUUACAGAACAUUUAAUGUGAACUAUACCGUCAAUUAUUACCUGUCGUUGGGACUCAAGAAGGAGAAGAUGGUGAUGGGAGUGCCCUUCUAUGGCAGGGGUUGGACUCUCAUGAGUAAAGAUAAGCAUAACCUCCACGACAUUGCAAAGGGGAUGUCACCCGAGGGUUUCAUCGGUGGUGAGGCCGGAGUGUUGGGAUAUAAUGAGUUAUGUCAACUGGAGCUCAAAGAUCCCUCGCAAUGGCACAACGAGUAUGACCCGUACUAUAGGGCGCCGUAUGCUUAUAACGACGAGAUAUUCAUUGGUUAUGAAGACGUGGACAGUAUUUCGUGCAAAAUCGCUUUCUUGAAAUCCAUGGGACUGUCGGGUGGUAUGGUGUGGGCCCUCGAGAACGACGACUUCAGGAGUAAGUGCGGGGGCGGGAAGAACCCCCUCAUGAAUAAAGUUCACCGUAUGUUGAAUGGCGAUGAGAUCAAGUCGCUUGAAUGUAAAUUCGCACCUACACCUACACCACCACCUCCAACCACACCGACAACUCAACCUACUACACCUCCUACUACCCCUCCGACUACCCCUCCUACAACUAAACCCACAACUCAGGGCACAACCAGUAGUGUUACCAGUAGUGUUGACUACUGGUGCUCUCGGGAUGGCUAUAUGCCACACCCCAGUGACCCCCAUAAAUACUUUCAGUGCGAAUGGAUCCCAGGCACGGGAUGGUACCUCCAUGAUAGGACCUGUCCCGACCACACCACGUGGGUGCAAAAGGAC